AUGCCCUCCCCAGGGACCGUCUGCAGCCUGCUGCUCCUCAGUGUGCUCUGGGUGGACUUGGCCAUGGCGGGCUCCAGCUUCCUGAGCCCCGAACACCAGAAAGUACAGCAGAGAAAGGAAUCCAAGAAGCUGUCAGCCAAACCAAAGCCCCGGGCCCUGGAAGGCUGGCUUGACGCAAAGUCAGAAGUCAGAAGUCAGGCGGAAGGCGCAGGGGACGAGCUGGAAAUCCAGUUCAGUGCCCCCUUUGACGUUGGGAUCAAGCUGUCAGGGGCUCACUCCCACCAGCACGGCCAGACCCUGGGGAAGUUUCUUCAGGACGUCCUUUGGGAAGACGCCAGUGCUAAGUCCUUUCUCCAGUUUCCUCGGAGUCCCAAUAAACCCCAGCCGACAAGUGACCGGCCCUGAGUCCAGCCA